UCCUUUUUUGACAAUGACAGUUAAUCGUUGUUCGUCCUUCAGAAAAACUUCUUAGAGGUUAUAAUUUGUUCGUAUUCAAAAAGAUAUAAAUUAGAAUAAUUGAAUCAAAGUUUUGUUCAGGAUUAGAUUUUUGAUUAAAAGUACAUAGCUAAAGAUGUCUUUUCCUGAUAAACAACAACGAAAGAUUUGUUGGGAUUCUAGAGACCGUUACUGGGAAUGUUUAGACGAUACAACAAAAGACAAUUCUUUAAAGCCUAAAUUAUGCGCUGAGCUUAGGAGAAUAUUCGAAAAGUCAUGCCCACCUAAAUGGGUAACACAUUUCGAUAGGAAGCGAGACUAUGAUUUAUUUAAACAAAAAAUGCAAAAAGAGGGUUUUGAACCCAUAAAAGACAGUGAUUAAUUACUCUUAAAUAAUUUAUUUAAAUGUGAUUGUAAAUAUAGUUUAUUUAAUUUAGUGAAGUAAAUCGUUUUUGGUUUAAA